AUGCAGCCAGUAUCAGCAUCUGCCAACCCCGCGGCCACUGACUCUCUUGGAUCUAGUCCGAAUCUGUGCUCAUCCAGAAGAUCUACACGCAUUUCAAGAAAGCCCCCGGAACACACAAACUAGGAGUUCUCUACGUCGUAGACUCUGUAACCCGCAAGUGGAUGGACCAGGCCAAGGCUCAAGGACAACCCAUAACUAGUGCUGCCCAGGAUGGCACCUUUGCCGCCGGUGUGCAUAGAGUAACUGAACUACUGCCCGUGCUGAUGAACGACAUCAUCUCGUCGGCACCGGAAGACCAGAAGGAAAAGAUUAGAAAACUAGUCGAUAUUUGGGAAAAGGGCCAGACCUUCCCUCCACCUCUGCUUGCAUCCUUCAAGGAGAAACUCAAUGCUCCUCCCCAGCCAACUUCAACGACGCCCACGGGCAGCCCUCCCCCCCCCAACUUCCUUGCCUCCAUCGGGACUGGUAACAAGUCAGCUACACCUCCUGUUGUGCCGUCGAACAUCAUGGAAGCCUUGGCCAAUAUCGCCCGACAGAGCACCACGGUGCCCCAGGGUAAUCCCAGUUUGGCAGCUCCCUCGCCUGCUUUCUCUGCCUUUGGUGCUAUCCCCAAUGCGCUCGGUAGCGGUGCGGCACCAGUCGCGGUCCAGCCUCAGUCGAACAUGCCAUUCUUGCCGACCUCUCAGCCGGCUGCCCAACCCGUAAACGUACCGGCGCUCCCCUUCGCGUUUCCAACGCAAGUGCAGCCCAGUCAUGCCGCUCUUCUGGGUGCCCUGAAUGGCGCAGGUAGCCAAGCAAGCAGCUUUCCUAACCACCCUCCACCGCCCCCCCCGGCCAAUGUGGCUAUCGAUCCUAAAAUACAGCAACAGCUCGUACUGAUCCAGACCCUUGCCGCCCAAGGCAUCCCGAUUGACAAGAUCACGAGCAUAAUCGCGCAGGUGAUGGGCAAUAAUGCUGGCCCUGUGGCGGCGCCACCUACCACUCAGAUGCCUCAGCCUACUCAAAGUAGUUAUGCCGCACCCUCUGUGGGUCACUGGCAGCCGCCUCGACAGGAGGAGUCACGUGACCGAAAUGCUUAUCAUGAACCUGUGAGGUCUCCGAACCGUCAACGGGGCCGAUCACGGUCGCCUCCCCGUCAUUGGGACUCUCGUGACUCGCCUCGUGGACGUGGAAAAGAUCGUGGCUUCAACUUGGGCCGUAAUUCUCCCCCAAGUCGCGGGAGGACCACUGGGGAGGACCGCGGGUCCGACUACCGCCAGCGGUCUCCAGCCCGCCGGGGUCAGAGUUCCGAGGAUCGGGAGGGGUCUCACGAGAGAUGGAUCGAAUUUGACCCUUCAAUGCCGAGCGGCCAUAUCAAAGUUCUGAGCCGGACACUGUUUGUGGGCGGCGUAACAUGCUCCGAGAACGAGCUACGGCAAAUAUUCAGCAGGCACGGCGAGGUCCAGACCUGCAUCGUGAACAAGGACAAACGACACGCCUUCGUGAAGAUGUAUCUCCGGAAGGACGCCGUCGUUGCGAAGGAAGCCAUGGAGGACGCUCGAAAUCAAGAGCUGCCCCUGAGGACACGAUGGGGAGUCGGUUUCGGACCCCGUGACUGCAGUGACUAUGCCACUGGCAUCAGUGUGAUCCCCAUUCACAAACUCACCGAUGCCGACAGGAAAUGGAUGCUCACUGCGCCGUACGGGGGCAGUGGGGGCAGGCCCAUCGUAACCGGAAUGUGUGUGGAAGAGCCUGAUAUUGAAAUCGGGGCUGGUGUCUCAUCUAAGGCAAUUAGUCGGCGUAUGCAGACCGACAAAGGUGGUAACCACGGACCGAAGUCAAGCAGGCGCGAGGACGAGGUCGGACAGGGCGGGCACGGCGGACACGGCCCACACGGCCCACACGGCGGGCAAGGCGCAGUUGGCGGAAGUGGAGGUGUUGGCGGAGCUGUCGGUGCCGGUGGCGGUCGUUGGCGGCAGCGCCACCGCGACAACCGCGACAACCGGGAUACUAGGCGUGAGGAGCGAACUGACAAGGUCGCGGCAAACGAGGAGCCGGUUGUACUCGGCUUUCCACCAGGUAUCACCAUGGGGCCCAACGGGAUCAACUUCCCACCCGGCUUCGCGUUUCCAGCGCCUGGUUCGAACUCCUGAUCCGUAGUGGGUACAUGGUUGCAUUCCAGGCCACGGUACUGGCGUUGGAGGCUUUCUGAUAUCGGCGUUGGAGGCGGCAUAGGAUAACCCCAUUGUAUAACUUUGCUGAUAGCCUUUGGG